AUGGCGGCCGAAGUCCCAAAUUCGCUGAACUGGGUCUCCUUCGUCACGGGCAUCCUCUCCUUCGCCCUCACAACUCUCAAUUUGAUAGCCCUUUACGGUAGUUUCGUCGCCACAAUUAAAUCGGCUCCCAACGAGAUACGAGAUUCGCUAGGAAACCUUAGACAACAAUUGUGCGAAGAGCGACAGGCCCUACGACACCAGUCGAGAGAAAUCCGCACAAAGACGAAGCUGCACCAACGCAUCCACAACCUGAGCGACAGGCACGGCAGCCACGAAGCCCGCACGGCACUCUCGUACGCAGAGCAGACGCUGCCGCUCCACUACCUCACGCUUUGCGACCUCUGGCGCACUUUCAAAGAGCUCGAGCGGCCGUUCCUCAUUGCGAGCGGGUACCGCGCCGAGGCCAUUCACAAUGGGGCGUCAUGGGGCGAGGCGGAUCUCGAUGAGAAAGUCCGGGCUGAUUUCGAGAAGCACGGAGAACAGGGUAGUUUUGCGGACUGGAGUGCGAUUUACAAAUGCGACUUUGCGCACCGAUUUAUCUGGUGGCAGAUCAAGGAUGACGUGAAGAAGCUGGGGGACGAGGUCAUGCGAAUCAUGGCUCGGCGGACGGAGAGGGAGGUGACUUAUACACGGAUGAUGGUCAAACAGAUCUUCCAGGGCGAUGGACCCUCACAAAUCGUUGACGUCCGGCCACCACGACGGCCUCCCGGCGGAGGUGGCGGUGGAGGGGCCAGGAGGCGUAUGAGCCUGGGGCCUGGACCUGUCAGGCGGAGUCCGAUCCCAAUGAAACGAAGUCCGGCUCCAGUCAGGAGGAGUCCCGUCACCGUCAGGAAGCCACACUACGAUCGAUACAAGAAACACGGCGAGAGGAGCCCUAGUUCUUCUUCCUCCACCACGAGCAGCGAUAGGGACAACGAGACAACGAGACGAGGUAUGGACGUGUCGAGGCGCAGAAGUCCGGUAACUAGCGAGCAUAGACACAGUCACCCAAAGAGCGAUGCCGCUACCGUUGGGAAGCGUGAGCAUCGUCCUGACCAUCAGCCACAGACGGGCAGCAAUCGAUGGGAGCAGUUCCGCGGCAGACCUACUCGGCAGUAUGACAUCAGGGAGUACUUUGAGAGUGGGGGCCGAGAUCAUUCGAGGAUCAUUGAGGUUAUUCCUGGGAGCGAGAUUGACUACUUCUCCCCUCGAUCGCGGCACAAGGACGACGCAAAGUAG